GUUCUCCUAGCUUCGGUUCUUCGACGUGCUGUACGACCAUUACGACCAGACUUCGUGUUUCAACAUGUCUAGAACGUAUACAGGGAAAGAGAUUGCGGAGCACAGCUCCAGGGAGAGCUGCUGGAUCAUUGUGCAUGGCAAAGUGUACGACGUGACAGAGUUUCUGCCAGAGCAUCCCGGCGGAAGCAAGAUCAUUUUGAAGUACGCCGGGAAGGAUGCAACUGCAGAAUAUGACCCCAUUCAUCCACCAAAUGCGAUCACGGACAACCUCCCGCCCGAGAAGCACCUCGGGUCCGUGGACUUGACUACUGUCGAGAAGGUCGAGGUCGUGAUCACGGACGAGGAGAAAGCCCGUCAGCAACGAAUUGCUCAACGGCCUCCGCUCACGGAGGUCCUGAACCUGCACGACUUCGAGGCCAUCGCGCGGCAAGUCAUGCCGGAGAAGGCGUGGGCAUACUACAGCUCGGCGGCCGACGAUGAGAUCACUAUCAGGGAGAACCACGCUGCUUACCACAGAGUAUGGUUCCGUCCGCGGAUCCUGCGAAAUGUGACGCAUGUCGAUUGGUCGACGAAGAUCCUUGGCCUCCCUUCCAAGAUGCCAGUGUAUAUCACUGCGACUGCUCUCGGCAAGCUGGGUCACCCCGACGGUGAAUUGAACCUGACGAGGGCGGCUGCAAAGCACGGAGUCAUUCAGAUGAUACCUACUCUGGCGUCAUGUUCGUUCGACGAGCUCGUCGACGCAGCAGUCCCGGGGCAAGCACAGUUCCUUCAAUUGUAUGUCAACUCGGACCGUGAAAUCACGAAGAAGUUCGUGCAACAUGCAGAGAAGCGCGGCAUCAAGGGCCUGUUCAUCACUGUCGAUGCCCCGCAACUUGGACGGCGCGAGAAGGACAUGCGCAUGAAGUUCGAGGCAGAAGACCCUGCCGAGGUGACUGACAACAAGCAGCAAGAUCGCGUAGAUCGUUCGCAAGGAGCUGCACGUGCUAUCAGCUCCUUCAUCGAUACUGGUCUUGACUGGAAAGACAUCCCAUGGUUCCAGUCGAUUACCACAAUGCCCAUUAUUCUUAAGGGUGUUCAGUGCUGGGAGGACGCGUUGCUCGCAUACGACGCUGGUCUAGCAGGUGUUGUCCUCUCAAACCACGGUGGCCGGCAGCUGGAGUUCUCCCGCUCUGGGAUUGAGACGCUCGUCGAAGUUGUCACAAAGCUGAAGGAGAAGCGAGGCCUGGCCUUCCCAAACGAGAAGUUCCAGCUGUUCGUGGACGGCGGUGUCCGCCGCGCGUCGGACGUGCUGAAGGCCAUCGCUUUGGGCGCCACUGCUGUUGGUGUCGGGCGACCGUUCUUGUACGCAUUCUCGUCUUACGGCCAGGACGGUGUCGAACACGCUCUCCAGAUUCUACAUGACGAAUUCGAGAUGAAUAUGCGUUUGCUGGGUGCUCGUACGAUCAGCGAGAUCGUCCCCGAGAUGGUCGAUGCCUCGUCCAUUCACCAGCACAUUGUCUCCGUUCCGACUGACAAUCUGUACUUCUCGAACUACGAGAGCAUGCAAUCCGCACGGUUGCGGGAGAUCAAGCCGAAGAUGUGAGGAGAGAGGAUUGCCCGUAUCUAGAAUUGUUAUUACUUGCUUGAUUACCGCCGCUGCUCAUAUACAGCUUUACCGGCGUGCUUGCUCUU